AUGGGAAAUUCAUCACAACGAACCUCUAUCACCUCCACUCAUCCAGCAUCACCAUCGUCAUGUUUGUCUCAACAACAAAAGAGUUCUCCACAAUUAUCCAAAAGCUUUCUUUCUACUUUUUCAAAAAAUAUUAAAAAUCGAAAGAAGUGCCACGCCACACUUGCCAAAUGUCUCGAAUGCACACAUAUCAUUGCGGAAGGUCAGAAUGAUAAAGGACAGCUCGGAUUGGGAGUGACCACAGAGGAACGUCUUCCUUUGCGACCCAUCGCUGAGAGUGUGACUUUGUCAAGUGGUUUGCCCUCUUUCGGUAAUAAUCCACUGACAAGUGUCAAGAUGGUGGCAGCUGGCAGGUCACAUUUCUUGUUGGUCACCAAUUCCAAUAAGCUGUAUGGUUUAGGAUUAAACAAUUACUCUCAAACAGGUUACAAUCGUCUGACUCAUUCCAAUUUAACAAAAUUAACAGAAAUUCAAAUUCCAGCACAAUAUUCGUCAAUUACAGGAGUUGCAGCAGGUUGGUUACAUUCAAUCAUCAUUUUAGAUUACAAUAAGGUGUAUUGUGUUGGUCAUUGCUCAUUUGGACAAUUAUUUUCAAAUGAAUUUUCAGAAGUUAACAAGUUUACAAAAGUCACCACUCUCGAAUUUGUCGAAAAGGAAAGUAGGACAGUAACAGAUGUCAGUUGUGCUACAUUUUCCUCAAGCAUUGUUGUGGAUGGAUGGAAAAUCCAUGCCUGUGGUGAAAUGAAUGGAAAUUCAAAUCAAAAGAAUUUUUCUGUACCUCACUGUGAAAUAUUUAAGGAAAGCAAAAUCAAAACCUUCAAACACACCGAUCACGGCUUAAUCGUUCUUCAAGAGAAUGGAAAUGUUUAUUGUUGCAACAAUCAAACUCCCUUUCACAUUCUCAUGCAACAAGUCGCAUGCAUUGCUCCCUCUCACAUGUACGACACAAUCUUUUUCUUGAAACAACAUUCGAGCACUCUUUCACAAUUCACACUCUCAGAUUCUCAUGCGAGCACUCAUCAUGCCGAUUAUGAACUUGCCUUGUUAAAGAAAGAACAUUCCAUUCAUUCACCAACCAACCAGAUGUCCAACUUGGACAUUUAUUGUGGCUAUUGUUACUAUUAUUUGGUUUUGAAUAAGAAAGUGAUUUACUCGAUUGAACCGAAUGGUCUUCAGAAAAUUCUCUCCCUCGAAGGAGUGCCCACCAGUGUGAGAGUGAAGCAAGUCAUCUCUUCUUCAGAUGCCACUUAUUACCUCUUUGAGGAAGGUUCUCAGAAUGCCACAAGCGAAUCCCUCAACAACAAGACGUUACACCUUCGAAGAAUGAAGAAUCUUUUGAACAGCUGCAUUCAUUCAGGGUCGUGUCUCUCAGAUGUAACGAUUCAAUGCUCUUGA